CGGACAGAUGAAAAAGAAGAAGACAUUGGAAUGCGUCCAGCGUCAGACAAGAAUCUCGGAAUGUUUUCCAAAUAACGGGUGUUUUUAAAAGGCGAAUUAUCCGAGUAGUGAUGUGAAAACGUGUGGUGCACAGUGAACGUUUGGACCGAGUUUUGUAAAAUCAAAAAAAUGCACCCAAAUCGACGCAGGAAGAAACGGCCCAACUAUGGGCUGAAAACAGUGGAAAUCCUAAGGGGCCCCAACGGUUUUGGGUUUACUAUAUCCGGGCAGCAGCCCUGCAUUUUGUCGUGCAUUGUGAAUAGUUCGCCAGCCGACCAGGCGGGGCUGAGAGCCGGGGAUUUUUUAAUUUCAGUGAAUGGAAUAUCAGUGUCGAAAAUGGCCCACGACGCUGUUGUGGGCUUGAUCGGGAAUUGCGUGGGCCCCAUUACUAUGACAAUCGCGGAAAACUACUACUCGGACAGCAGUGAUGAGGACCUGGAAUGUGGCAGGAUGGUGAGCAGGAAACCCAAGUAUAUACACAAACCCAGACAGUGCCGAAGGUUCCACAAGGGAGUUGCAGUGGAACCCAGUCAUAAAAGCGCUGUGAAGCUGAAUUUGGAUGUAUCCGGGCCCAUUGAAGACGAGGCAGGACCGAUGGAAUACAAGGCGUUAAUAGGAUAUUUGGGAACGAUUGAAAUGCCGAAACAGCUUCUGCCUAAUGCGCGCCUACAAACGGUUUGCACUUGUAUAAGGAAGCUGAGACAGGAAAAGCGGCCCCCGACAAAUAUCCUGAUGACCAUUUUGCCCACUUGCCUCACUUUGAAGAACUCGUCCAAUCACAUUAUAGCCAUUUACCCAGCAAAUCGAGUUGUGUACGUGGGCUCGUCCACUGACAAAAACUCCAGGUACUUUGGCCUGGUUACUAGUGCGGUGAGUGAAAAGAGCAACAAUAGCAACAUGCCUGAGGACAUCGAUAUCUCGAAUAGUUGCCAUGUCUUUGUGGUGGACUCCAAUAUAGUGGAUCACAGAAUCCAUAUGGAGAAAGCAGGAAAUUUCAAGAUAGUUUGCACUCCAGAUGUAGUGACAGGGUCCUGUUUGGAGUUCCCCCAAGACGCUCUUUAUAUAGUGAAUCUCAUCCAAUCCAUGUACAAGCUGCAAAACGAAGCCCUGCCCAACAACCCCAACAAUGACCCAGUGAUGGCCAACUCGCCCCAGCCCAGUGCUUCCAGCAACUCGGACUCGGGAAUCGGCUACAGGGACGACUGUGGAAACAUCAGCGAUCGCAUUUUAGUGGUAGAGUUCCCCACUUGCCGCCCUUUGCCUAGUAUGAGCAACAACAACCGCCCCCAUGGCUUCGAUGGGGGCGACCUCCCUCUAAACUCCCUCGACUUCCACAAACUCAACAACAAGCCACUGCAUGUGUCCAUGCCAGCCCCAGAAGCAAGCCAACCAGUUUUAAACAACCUGAACAACAUCAGAGCUUACGAGGGCAUGAAAUCGCAUCUGGAGCCCCUUGUGGUGCAAAGGCACAACAACCUAAAGCCCGGAACGGAGGCGAAAUACUCUGGUUUCGAUGCCUACAUGGAAUGUCCAGUCGAUGUGCCCGAGGGCGAGUUCCACGAGUUUAAAAGCUCGAUUGAUGAGAUUUCCAAUCACAGCUCCAAGGGGAGCUUGAUGAACAUCUUCAGGGUGCCGUUCGAGGUGAAGAAAUCGAAGAAGCACGCGAAACCCGAACAGUCCAUCUACAACAAGCUAAGCCCCAAGGUGUACGGGGUGCCCAAAGCGAACUACAGUUGCGAGGAAUUGAGCAACUGCGAAUUGUACGAGGACAAGUUCUGCUAUGGGAGUUUGCAGGAUCUGAGUGGAUGGACGGAAGGAGGCAAGCCGAGGAAAAGCAUUGCCCAAAGCGAGCCAGAUGUGCGGAUUCAUCGCAACGCGUGCGACCAAAGCGGUGGAGGCGUCGCGGGCAAAACAGGAGGCGACGGCCCAUCCCUAUGGGCCACCUCGUUCGAGCGCCUCUUGGAGGAUCCGGUAGGCCUGCAUGCUUUCGCAGAGUUUUUAAAAAAGGAGUUCAGCGCGGAAAACAUCUACUUCUGGACGGCGUGCGAGCGCUACCGACGCCUGACCGCGCAAAAGGAACGCAGCUGCGAAGCCCAAAGAAUCUUCAAGCAACAUUUGGAGAACGGGGCGGUGGAGGCGGUCAAUGUGGACGCCCAGGGCGUCCAAGCGGCCGAACAGGGGCUGGACAAUCCCGGGCCCGAUAUCUUCGACACGGCUCAGAAGCAAAUCUUCAACCUCAUCAAGUUCGAUAGCUAUCCGAGGUUCCUGAAGUCGCAACUGUACAAGCAGUGUCUGAGCGGGGACGUUUUCACACCUACGAAUGAUGCAAGAUUAUCGCUCUACAACAACACGCAAUCAGCGCUCGGCACGCCGAAGCUGAAAAAGUCGCUGAGCAACGCUGAGGAUCGGCGCAGAAAGUCGCUGUUGCCGUGGCACCGGAAGAACCCGACAAAUCAGCGCUCAAAGUCCCGCGAUCGCAACGAAACUCAGAAAAGUUGGGACGGCGUCUUGACUAUUCCCGAUAAACGGUUGGCGAGCGCCAGCGACAUUCAUUCCAGCCAUUCGUCGCUGACUUCGCUAGACUUAGCAGCCAGUCAGGAGGCAGUCAGGCAGGACGUGGGUCCAGAAGCCAGGACGUCGCUGUGCAGAGUGUUGCUGACCAAUGGGAGCACCACGGUGGUUCAGAUCAGGGAGGGCGAUUCCAUUCAGCAACUCAUCAACAGGUUGCUGGAGAAGCGGGGACUGACCUACUCGUCCUAUGAAGUGUUCACCAACAAGCACCCGAAGGCUUUGGACAUUACGGAACCAUCAACCAAGCUGGCAGGCUGUGAAGUGACCAUCGACCAACGGGUGGUGUUCAAACUGGACCUCCCCAACAGGAAAAUCAUCUCCGUCAAGUCCAAGUCCUCCAAGCUGAUAAUCGACGUGCUGCGCCCGAUUCUCCAUAAGUACAAGUUCAGUCUAGACGAAGUGAAUGUUACCAAGGCUGGCUACCCUGUGGAUACUGGCCUUGCCGUCACUACGAUCGACAAUGCCCGAUUAAACAUUCAGCUGAAAGACGAAUCCAGCUGCCCAGCAGCCGCCAGGCCAGUGCUCAAAGUGAACAGCGUGGAAGUGGACAAGCUAGAAGAAAUCACCAAUAAAGUAUUCGAGGGUAUUUUGCAGGAAAAGUCCCAGGGGGAGACGAUGAAAUCGUCCAGGUCAGACAAAGGCUCAGUGAAGAGCGAAGACUGGGGUUCUGAGCACUCAUCGGGCCUGUUAGGCAAAUUCCUGCGCCGCGACUCGGGCGUUCACGACAAAAAAAAGAAGAUUGCCUCCCAACGGCCUAAACUGCCGUGCGAAAGCGAGGCCAGUCUGGACAGCAACCACAAGAAGCCUCUGAUAGCGAAAUUAAAAGCUGGCGCCAAUAAGCUGCAUGUGGCUGCGUGCAGUGAAAGCGACGAACUAGUGGAAGGCCUGACCAGAGCCCAGCGUCGCUUAGAAGACCAACGAGGCACCGAAAUCAACUUCGAGUUGCCGGAUUUCCUCAAAGACAAAGACGACGAGCGGCAGUGUGGCCGGCCGAUUCAAACCCUACCGGAUACUCAGGCAAAAGUGGCGUUAACGAAAAACCAGCGCCAAUCAGGCUCGCCUAACUACGAAAACCAACACAUCACAGUGUCGUCCACUGGACGAAACCCUGUUAAAGUCCCAAGUAUUCGAGUGGAGGUGAAGGGCCCCAAAAUGGACCCGCCCCCUUUACCGCCUAAGCCCAAAAUCGUACCUAUAAAACCCCCAAAUUGGGGCCAUGCCGGCUUUUAUAAAGCCAAAGACGCGCCUCUGGACAAGCACACCGAGAUGUUUCUUGAGCAGCCGUCGAGCAGCUUUGUAUAAAGUAUUUAUUGAUGUGAUGCGUUUUUUAACAAAUUAUUUUAUAUUUAUUUAACAAGAAGAUUCAUUUUAACAUAGUAUUAU